GUAGUUUCUCCACCGUUCGUUCAGUUGCUCACGAAGUGUUGAGUGUUGCUGAGGUGUGCUGAUAGGACAUUCAACCGAAUUCAUUUUUCCAUUUGAAAUUAAAAAAACAAAAUGAUAGCCGAAAAAUACGCGAAAGCCGAGCCGGAGCUCAAAGCCGAACUCAAGAAAAUUGCGGAGCAGAUCGUUGCCCCCGGCAAGGGAAUUCUUGCAGCUGACGAGUCGACGGCGACAAUAGGGAAACGUCUUCAGGACAUCAACGUAGAAAACAAUGAGGCCAAUCGAAAGGCAUACAGACAGCUGCUGUUUACCACAGCAAAGGAUGUUAUCACGAAUCACAUCUCCGGAGUGAUCCUCUUCCACGAGACCCUGUACCAGAGCUCUGACGACGGAAAGCCCUUCGUGGAGUUGUUGAAGGAGCGUAAUAUAACCCCAGGAAUAAAAGUAGACAAGGGUGUGGUGCCCCUGUUCGGUACCGACGACGAGUGCACAACCCAGGGGUUGGAUGAUCUCCAGGCUCGUUGUAUACAGUACAAGAAGGACGGUUGUCACUUUGCCAAAUGGCGCUGUGUCCUCAAGAUCAAGGGAAAGACUCAUCCCAGCAGAUUAGCAAUCCUUGAGAACGCUAAUGUUCUCGCACGUUACGCCUCGAUCUGUCAAAGUGCCAGGAUUGUGCCAAUCGUCGAGCCUGAGAUUCUCCCCGAUGGUGAUCACGAUCUCGCUCGUUGCCAGGAGGUCACCGAGGAGGUGCUCGCUGCUGUCUACAAGGCCCUCAAUGAUCAUCACGUGUACCUGGAGGGAACUCUCCUCAAGCCGAACAUGGUGACACCAGGACAGAGCUGUCCGAAGAAAGCGUCACCAGCAGAAAUUGCUGUUGCUACCGUGACAGCUCUUCAACGCACUGUGCCACCAGCAGUUCCUGGAAUAACUUUCCUCAGUGGUGGACAGUCUGAGGAAGAGGCCUCUGUCAAUCUUGAUGCCAUCAACAAAGUUCCUGGAAAGAAACCCUGGGCUCUCACUUUCAGUUAUGGACGUGCUCUUCAAGCCUCCGUACUCAGAGCAUGGUCUGGAAAGGCUGAUCAAAUCGCUGCUGCCCAGGAUGAACUCAUCAAGAGAGCCAAGGCGAACAGCGAAUCAGCCCUUGGAAAAUACGCAGGUGGAGUUGCAGGAGCAGCAGGUGAUGCAGCAUUGUUCGUAGCAAAUCAUGCUUACUAAAACAAAAAAAUUGGUUCUAAUCUACUUUAUCCAUCAACCAAUAAUACACGUAGAUACACACAAAGUUUUUCUCGACUUUCUGACGGAAGCCAAAGAGGUAAAAAUUACUCAAUACAGAUGAGAAUAAAUAAUGAAUCAUGUUUUUCGUUUUGAAAUAUUAAUUGUGAAAUAAAUGUAAAUGAGUGAUACAUAUUUAUGAUUCUUCUAUGUAUCAUUGUCAUUAGUUGUUGUGCACGUAUUGGAAAAUAAAAAGUGAAUUUUACCAUUGAAA